AGGUCCGAAUUCGUAAUUCUCUAUAAAGCUAUGAAACUCGCACAGAGCGCUUUCCAUAAUCACGUUGUCUAUUUGCCCCUCCAAGCUUAGCGCUGCAAAACCCUGACAUAUCUCCCUCAGGAUCCUUCGACGUAAAGAUUCUCAAUCAUGAUUACAGUCAGUGUAAAAUGGCAAAAGGAGCUGUUUAAAGAUGUGGAAAUUGAUACCACCCAGUCUCCAUAUGUUUUCAAGUGCCAGCUGUAUGAUCUAACUGGGGUUCCUCCCGUAAGGCAGAAGAUUAUGGUUAAGGGUGGCUUACUGAAGGAUGAUGCAGAUUGGUCGGCACUAGGAGUAAAAGAGGGUCAAAAAUUAAUGAUGAUGGGAACCGCAGAUGAGAUUAUUAAGGCUCCAGAGAAGGGACCUGUUUUUGUGGAAGAUCUUCCAGAAGAAGAGCUAGUGGUUGCCAUGGGUCAUAGUGCUGGUCUCUUUAAUCUGGGAAACACCUGUUACAUGAACUCCACAGUACAGUGUCUGCAUUCUGUUCCAGAGUUGAAGUCAGCUUUGGUCAAGUACUCACACUCUGGAAGAAGCAAUGAUGUGGAUCAGUCUUCUCAUAUGCUGACUAUAGCAACACGUGAUUUAUUUAAUGAGCUUGAUAAAAGUGUCAAACCUGUGGCACCGAUGCAAUUUUGGAUGGUGUUGCGUAAAAAGUAUCCUCAAUUUGGCCAGCUGCACAAUGGUGUCUUCAUGCAACAGGAUGCUGAAGAAUGUUGGACCCAGCUUUUAUAUACACUUUCUCAGUCUCUUAAAUCAACUGGUUCUAGUGAAAUUCCUGACGCUUUGAAGGCCCUCUUUGGCAUUGAACUUGUUAGCAGGGUGCAUUGUCAAGAGAGUGGUGAAGAAAGUUCAGAGACAGAAUCAGUUUAUUCUCUUAAAUGCCACAUAUCGCAAGAGGUGAACCAUUUGCAUGAAGGACUAAAGCAUGCUUUAAAAUCAGAAUUGGAAAAGGCUUCUCCUUCCUUGGGGCGUAGUGCAAUUUACUUGAAAGAGUCUCGUAUCAAUGGCCUACCAAGGUACUUGACCAUUCAGUUUGUGCGUUUUUUCUGGAAGAGGGAAUCAAAUCAGAAGGCCAAAAUUUUGCGGAAAGUAGAUUAUCCAUUGGAGUUGGAUGUUUAUGAUUUGUGUUCAGAUGAUCUCUGCAAAAGAUUGGAAACUCCUCGCCAGGUGCUAAGGGACGAAGAAGGCAUAAAACUUGGUCUGAAAGCAAGGAAGGAUGGUGUGGAUGGUGCUGGUUCAAAAAAUGAUGUCAAGAUGUCUAAUGUAGAGGGAUCAUCAAAUGGAAGCGGUGAACCAUCCAAUGCUACAUCCCAAGAAGGUGGUCCAUCAGACAGGGAAACACACAUGACUGGUGUUUAUGAUUUGGUCGCUGUGUUGACCCACAAGGGUAGGAGUGCUGACUCGGGGCAUUAUGUUGCUUGGGUCAAGCAAGAAAGCGGGAAAUGGAUCGAGUAUGAUGAUGACAACCCAAUUGCACAGCGGGAGGAAGACAUCACUAAACUGUCUGGAGGAGGUGAUUGGCACAUGGCUUAUAUAUGCAUGUACAAGGCCAGAGUCAUCCCCAUGUGAUUUUUAUUUUAUCCCCAUGUGAUUUUUAUUUUGUCUCUUAGAUCCGUUGAAUAGGAAUUGCAGAAUUCUAUAUUUUUACCAGUGGGGUUUAAAAAGAAGUGUGCUACAUACAACCUUCAAUUGGAUGGUGUAUUUUAAAUUCUUUAUAAUUGAAUUUUGGUGAAGAAAAAAAAAAGAGCUGCGAGUAAUCUUUUCCCACUGAAGUCAGUCUUGACAGAAACUUGUGUGACCAAAGAGAUGAUGCAUUUGUUAUUCAAGCCAAGAACAAUAUAUUGUUGGUACCUAUUUAGGACUUUUUUGUUUGACUACACUUAAAGUUCAAGUUGAGUCAGUA